AUGCUACGGGUGAAUGGGCUCAAGAAGUCGUUCUCAGACAAACAAAAAGAGGCGGAGGCCAACCUACAGGUCAAGCAGCAACUAAAGGCGGCCCAGAAGAGGGUAUCUGAGCUUAAGGGCAAACAGAAGUCAGGCAAGGGCGAGCUUGAGAAGCUUGGGGAUGUCAGCAGGGAUACAUACAAUCUCCACCGCCAGAACGAGAGUCUGAAAAAGAAACUCGCCAACCAGGAAGAGCAGGUGAGGGAGAAGUACCAGGCUAGAGUCGAGGAGGAAAAGAGGCAGUUGAUCGAGGAGAAUGAGAAUGACUGCGCCAUCCGGAUGAAAAUGGCUUGGAAGGCUUUGCAUCCUGACGAUAAAUACUCCGACUGGGAGUAUCAUUUUAAGCAGCCCACUGACGAGCUUGACGAGGAGUGGCUGCAGGCGGAGAAAAAGGGUGAGGCUGAUGGUGAUGAAGACAUGGCUGAGAAUGAGGACUUCGAGCAUGAUGGGGGCCAUCCGACUGAUGCUGGUGAAAAGCCGGAUGGAAAUGUAGAAGAGUCCUCCCCUCAAGAUGAUCAAUUUUAA